UAUCUGGUUUUGAAAGAAAGGGUGAGAGGUAUGUUGAGAGAAAUAUAGAUGUUUUUUCAUGCAACGGUUGAUAAUCAGACAUCGCUACUACCCAUUUGGUAAUAUUUUCUCCAACAAAGUCUUCAUUGCAGCAUCGACUUGUACAAGUUCCAACCUUAUUUCAAUCAAACUUUGUCUUGAUCUUAAGGUUGAAACAGUGAUUCCAUUCCCAAUCAGAUUCAUGUCAUCAGUUACAAGUGGUAGUAAUAAUGGUAGUUCAUUACGGGUUGGGAAGAACAAUAAGCAAUUAGUGGUAUCUGAUGAAACUACAAGAGUUGAGCAGAUUAAACUACUUGAUGCCUCUGAAGAUGCCUAUGGAGGAGUCGUGGUGGACAUGAAAGAUCCUAUGGAUCCUGAGUCCUUUGCUUAUUUGCUUAGAGCUUCAAUAUCCCAAUGGAGGCUGAAAGGAAAGAAGGGUGUUUGGAUUAAAUUGCCUAUUGAGCUUGUAAAUCUUGUUGAGGCUACAGUCCAGGAAGGAUUUAGGUAUCAUCAUGCAGAACCAUCAUAUUUGAUGCUAGUGAAAUGGAUUUCCAAAACAGAGGAUACACUUCCUGCAAAUGCUUCACAUCGCAUCGGUAUUGGCGCUUUCGUCAUGAAUGAUAUGGGGGAGGUUCUGGUAGUCCAGGAAAAAAAUGGAAAAUUCAAAGGCACUGGUGUGUGGAAGUUUCCUACUGGAGUCGUCGACCAGGGUGAGGAUAUAUGCAUGGCUGCACUGAGAGAAGUGAAAGAAGAGGCAGGAAUUGAGACAGAAUUCUUGGAAAUUCUUGCAUUCAGGCAAAGCCACAAAUCAUUCUUUGGAAAGUCAGAUUUGUUCUUUCUUUGCAUGCUAAGGCCUCUGUCUUUUGACAUUCAGAAACAGGACACAGAGAUUGAAGAAGCAAAAUGGAUGCCCUUAGAAGAAUAUGCCGCUCAACCAUUCAACCAGAAACGUGAGCAAUUCAGUAAGAUUGCCAACAUAUGUUUGGAGAAGAAGAAGAAUAACUACACUGGCUUUUCAGCAGCUCCUUCAACUACUGCCUUUUCUUCUAAAAAAAACUACUUGUACUUCAACAACAAUGGCAACAACAAUCUCAAGCAGUAACUUCUGGUGGCAGAGUCAGGAUUUUCAUUCAGCAGAACAAUAUUGUAAAAAUCUAUCUUAAUUCCAAAAUUAUAUAAUAUAGCUAUGCUCGAGUUGAUAAAUUAUUAUUUUUUUGUUGUUUUGUUAUUAAAUCAAACUAAACUAAAUUAAGCCUUAAGUUCCAUCAAAUGGGGUCGGCUAUAUGAAUCAUUUUUCUCUACGCAACCCUAUCAAAUGCCAUUUCGUU